AUUUCAUAUAAUUUGUAAAAAACCAAAAAAAAUAAAUAAAUUUAAUAAAAUUAUUUAAAAAAUGUCUUUAAAUCCCAGUGAUCGUGCUAUGAACACAAAUAUCACUCAACAUCCGUUGCAAGAUGUUACGGAUUCGCUUUCUUCCGGGGAUCGCGUAGAUUCGUUGUUGCCACAAAAUAUUGCCGCAAAAUCUUUAAGUAAAGAAAAUUGGGUUAAAUUUGAUGACGACGUCAAUGCCAAUACAGACGUUUCGGUUAGCGGUGAAAAUAAAACGGUUAAUUAUAAUAACAACAGUAACGAUAAUAGCGAUCAGAAUACGCGAGAGUCUGAAACUACAAACAGGUUACAAACGCCAUCACCAAUACCACCACCAAUCGCUUCGAAACGCCAAACUGCAGUCAAGGUAAAGCCAGAUGUUGUCGGAGACAUUCCUACCAACUUAAACUCUCAGAGUAAUACAGAAAUCAACUCGACCGCAACAAUACAGCCUUACCUACCAACCGCGACACAAACGGCUCCAGCUGUUUUACCUACCGAAAGCAUACAUGUUAACUUAAAUGCAUCCGGUAAAACGCAACAACCAAAUUCACAACACCAACAACAACAGCAUCACAAUCAAAAACCAAAAACACCUACAAAGGCAGCUAGUGCAGCUAUAGUGUCCUCACACGGCAUCACUAAUAGCAAUAACAACAAUAACAGCAUUUCCAAUAGUCCCAAGCAGUUACAACAACAGCAACAACAACAACAACAACAACAUAAUCAAUUACCACAUCUCAGCAACAAUGGAACAACUUCAUCUACAGCUGUUGUUGCUACAAUCAAUAAUAGCCACAGUAACAAUAGCCCGUCAAGGCAUGUUACGUUACCCGUGGAAUCUCAACCACCAAUGCGUACAAUUGAAUUGUCUACGGGACGUAUACGAGAGGGAUUUGCCAAUGGAGAUAUUAUUGUUACUUUAUUACCUGCCAAUACUAAAUGGCCUUGGAUAACACCGGCGGUAUUUCGGCCUGAAUUAGUGCCUGAAGAACUCAUGGCUCAGGGCUUAACGCUUACUGUGGAAGAGUAUGUGCACGCAAUGGAGACUCUAGUAAAUGAUUACCGUUUUACUGUUUACAACAUUUGCUAUAAACGUAUUUUAGUUUGUUGGAUUCUGUUUGCAUUCACCGUUCUUUUGACUUUGUUGUUUUCGGGUUUGCAAGGAGUAGCUUUAUUCUCUCUGGGUGUCGGAUGGUUGUUCCUAAAUGCAGCUGCCAUUUUCCUAUGUAUGUGGAUUAAGUUGCGUUUGGCCAGAGGUUUGGAGAAAUGCUUGGCACGUGUCAAUAAACAAUUGAUUAAGCAUAAAAUCCUAUUGAUUUUGGAUGAUCGUGGUCGUAUCUCAUGUCACAAAGUCAAUUUGUGUUUUUUGUACUUUGACUCAGCGCAAUGUGUGAAUUUUUUGAAUGAAUUUCUCGAACAAACUGAACAGAACGGUGGCGAAGCAAUUAAAGCUGGCUGGGAGGCAAAAUUGGAUAUUGAUUUGAACGAUAUCGUUAUACAGGGCAGUAAUCCCGUGCGUUUAUCACGCAAACAGGAACGUGGAGUGCAGCUGUAUUUACGUUAUGCCUCGCGUUGGGGUAUGGAAGCAUUGCGUGGCUUAGUGGACAUAACGCCAUUGGAGCCGGGACGUCAUUGCGGUCAAUUUCAGUGCCCUUGUCAGUAUAUUAAAGAACACUUACAAUGCAAACCAAGAGGCAAGUUGAAAUGUUUCAAUUUUGUUUACUGGGUGUUGGCAUCAGAGCGCUAUGAUUGAUAUUGUAAUUUUUUUUUUUUUUUUUUUUUUUUUUUGUUCUUUAAUAACUCAUUAUUUAUGCACUUUAAUGGAAAUUCAUUUAGUUCUAAAAUUCAUUAUUUCUGAAAAUCAAUAUUUUUUUUAUAGCUCUAUUUUUUUUUUCGUGUUUUUUUGCUUUUUGAAAUUUUUAUUCCCCACCAACACCCAAAAUCAACCCAAAUCAACCCCUAUUUGCACUGUAUUGUGUUCACAAAAUAGUUGUUUUAAAUAAUGUAGGACAAGUUGUUUGGACACGUUCUUCUGUUUUUGGCAAUUAAAUUUCCGUUUUUUUUUUUCCUACGCAUCUAUAUAUAUAUAUAUAUAAUUGUUUGAUUCGAAUUCUGUACAUUUUUAUCUGUGCAUAGAGAGAGAAAUUUUUUCCCUAUAAAGUUUGCUGUUUGCUAAAUAAAUUAUAUUUUGAAAUAAAGUUUAAUUAUGUUUUAUAAAAAAAUUGUCCAUGAGAA